AUGGAAACAAUUAAGGAAGGGAUUAAGCAUUGGACUUUAGGGCCUUUCCAUCCAGUGACAAUAACUGAGAGAUCAAAAGGCUCAAAAAAGAAGCAUUUUUGCUUGGAGUGGCUGGAUAAACAAGCAAGAAACUCAUGGUUUAGCAAUCAAAAUAGUGAACAUGUGAAUAAAACGAUAAAUGGAGCUUCCGGGGUAAUGAGUGAAAUGGAGAAAAGUGGAACACGAAUUUCAGAUGAGUAG